UAUAAAAUCAACACCAUAACUUCUGAAGUUAUGGAUUUAGAAGCUUUCAAUAGAGCUUAUAGAAGAUUAAAGCCUUACAUUUUGAUGGUUCUGACACAGAUAGGCUAUACUAUUCUCUACUUCAUCACCAAAUCUUCUUUCAAUCAUGGAAUGAAUCCACAUGUUUACGUGACUUACAGACAUAUUGUGUCUGGUUUCGCCACCUUACCAUUUGCCUAUUUUAUUGAAAGAAAGUUAAGACUAAAGCUGACAUUGGCUUUGUUUAUAGAGAUAUUUGUGUUGUCUCUUUUUGGAGUAAGCUUAACUCUGAACAUGUAUUUCACAAGUUUAAGAUGCACAUCACCAAUUUUUCUUGCUUCAAUGGUGAAUGCAAUACCUUCCUUAACAUUUCUUAUGGCUAUUCUAUUAAGAUUUGAGCAUGUCAACAUCCAGAGUCAAAAGGGAUAUGCUAAGGUUAUUGGGACCUUAGUAUGCUUAGCUGGUGCUAUAACAAUGACAUUGUACAAAGGUUCAAAAAUAAGAACAUUACGGGGUGCUAUAAUUCAUAUGCAUGAAAAUAAAAUCAAAGAAAAUUGGUUAAAAGGUUCUAUUCUUAUAGUGGCAAGUUGUAUAGCAUGGUCAAUAUGGUAUAUUAUGCAGGCUAUAACCUUACAAAAAUAUCCAUCACAACUUUCACUCACUACAUGGAUGAGUUUCAUUGGAGCUGCUCAGUCUGCAGCUUUUACUUUAUUUGUGGAGCACAAAGCCUCAGCUUGGAAAAUGAAAUUUGAUAUUGAUUUAUGGAGCACAUUAUAUGGAGGAAUUGUUUGUUCUGGUUUAAUAGUCUUCAUUCAGUUAUGGUGCACAAAGGAAAAAGGACCAGUGUUUGCCACUAUGUUCAAUCCAAUAUCAACUAUAUUAGUGACUAUGUUGGCAUACUUUGUUUUUGGUGAAAAUCUAUUUAUAGGAAGCAUAAUUGGAGGAGUUAUUGUCAUUAUUGGACUUUACUUGGUGUUGUGGGGAAAAGAAAAUGAUGAAGUUGGAAUGAAGCAACAAACCGACAUGAAGAAUGAGCAGCAGAAGAAAACUUCUAUUGAGGAACCAUAAAUGUUGCUAUAUUAUAAAUUGCAACUAUUCCAUGCUUUAUUUAAGUUUAAAUUUGUAAAAAAUUAAUAUUUUCUUUUGUUUAGACCAUAAUAAGAGUAGUAAAUUUGUGUGGCUGACAGAAUAUUGCAACUUAGUAUUUUGAGUUUCUUCUGCUGAAGAACAUCAAAAAGGCAAAACAAACUGCUCCCAACUUAGUAUCAAAAAUUUCAAUGUGUUUGUUAGAUUGGGGAAUAAAAUUCUAUAGCUUGAGAAUAAAAGCAUACUCAACAUACAAAAAUUUUACUUUUGCAACAUAACAAUGAAAGUAACAACCUUAUAACAGCAUCGACGAGCAACACUCUUCAGGAAGUAUAUUAUCAC